GAGGUUCGAAGGCAAGACUAUCUUGGCAUCACAUCACACAGCUUAUCAUACGGCCCAUCGACGACGCGCCAGGAUAUGUCUCCCGCGUCAUCAAUUCACGACCCAGGCGAAAGCGAGCCGCUCCUCUCAAGGCAUCGACGACGCACCGGCACAUUUCAACUUCCAUCGUUCAGUGGCCAGCGGCUCGUGUCGCCUCUAUCCAUGCGACGUGCCUCGCUGCAGGAAGUUCACCCACACCACGAAGACGUCGAACCGGUGCUGCCGGCCGCACCAGUCGCCGCUCAUCAAGAGACACGCCUACACAAGCCUCAAUGGGCGCUUAGUGACAGGCCACCAAACACCUGGGCCCAAAUCCGUCAUUACUGGCGUGAGGAGUUUGCCGAAUUCUGGGGCACCUUCAUGAUCUUGCUCUUCGGAGCAGGUGUCGAGUGUGAGACCCGUCUAAACUACCAGUCAGCCGACAUCCGCGAAAACGCCGGUGACUUCUUGCAGUGCCGUCUCGCCUGGGCAGCCGGCGUCGCCAUGGCCGUAUGGAUGUCCGGCGGCGUAUCAGGUGGACACUGCAACCCAACCGUGACAGUAGUCCUGGCUCUCUUCCGCGGCUUUCCCUGGCGCAAGGUGCCCAGCUUCUUGGCCGCGCAGGUUCUGGGUGCCACUCUCGCCAGUCUUGCCGUCUACUUGAACUACUCCACCAGCAUCGCGGCAUACGAGGGUGGCACUGCCCGCACUUUGGUUGGCGAGCACGCUACUGCCGGCCUUUUUUUUACCUUCCCUAAGUCUGGACUUCCUUAUGCCGGCGCCUUUUACACCGAGUUCCUUGCCUCGGCCGCGCUGGUGGCCAUCGUGUUUGCUCUGGCUGACAAAAACAACCUUUCGCCUCCCAAGGGUACGCAACCCUUCGCCAUGUUCUUGGCUCUGUUGGCCAUCGGCUCCGCGUUGGGCAUCAACACUGGAUAUGCGAUGAACGGUGCUAGAGAUACCGGCCCGCGUAUCGCCUUGGCGAUCGUUGGCUACGGCUCAGAUGUGUUCACUCAUGAUUCUUAUUAUUGGCUGUGGGCUCCAUGGGCUGCUGCUAUUGUCGGUGGUAUCGCUGGCGCCUGCGUGUAUGAUGGCUUCAUCUACACUGGGCGUGACUCUCCGUUCAACAUCCCGAGGAAGGAAGAUGACUGAACCGCGCAAUUGGGGGUUUACAUUUAUCCUGCUAAACCGCGUAGUCCAAGGUUGUGUGGGAAAUCUCGACAGGUCAUGAAUUAUUAAAGAGAUGUACAGAGAUAAAAUGGUAGUUGAUUGAGAUACUUGAGAUAGGCGUCAAUGGAGGCCGACUAGAAGCGUAAAUAAUGACGAAUUCCAUUUCCAUAUUGC